CUGGUUGGGGAAGAGGCGGCUGCAGUCUAAGCUGACAGACAUGGACUCUGAAAUCAAGGAAGAAGUCCCUGUGCAGGAGAAAGUCGUCCUUAGCGGUGGGGUUGAAACCCUCCUUCUACAAUGUGGGCCAUGGACUGACCUCUUUAGUGAUCAGGGUGCCUCCAGGCCAAAGGUGCUAAUUUUAAUUAUUCCUGGUAACCCCAGUUUUAUUUCCUUUUACUUGACAUUUGCAAAGGCUUUGUUCUCUUUGAUAAACGGACGUUUUCCAGUUUGGACUGUCAGUCAUGCCGGGCAUUCCUACAUCCCCAAAGACAAAAAGAUACUUGGAGCCUCAGAUGAUUCCAGUGCUCAAAAAAUCAAGGACAUCUAUGGACUCUGCGGUCAAACAGAACACAAACUGGCUUUCCUAAGAACUCACGUGCCAAAGGAAAUGAAACUUGUGCUCAUUGGCCAUUCAGUCGGCUGUUAUAUUUCCCUUCAGAUGCUGAGACGUGCUCCUGAGCUUCCAGUUAUCCGAUCACUGAUGCUCUUUCCAACAAUCGAGCGAAUGGCAGAGACACCCAAGGGCAAGUUUGUCACCCCGCUACUGUGCUGGCUUCAAUAUGUCCUCCGUGUGCUAUGCUACAUACUUUUCAAACCAAUACCUGAGUUCAUCAAGUCCUUCCUAGUCAGAUUUAUGCUUAAAGUGAACAAUCUUCCAAAGGAGUGUUUUUCCUUAAGUCUAUUGGAGCCAUUCUGCCUUGCAAAUGCUGUCUACCUUGGGGCCCAAGAAAUGGAGCAAAUAGUCAAGAGAGACGAUGAAAUCAUAAAGAAGCAUUUAUCUAAGCUCACGUUUUACUAUGGCACUAUAGAUCACUGGUGUCCGAUCGAGUUCUACAAUGACUUGAAGAAGGAUUUCCCGGAAGGAGACAUCCGGCUGUGUGAGAAGAAAAUGCGGCAUGACUUCAUCCUGAGGUGGAGUCAGGAGAUGGCGGAAUUGGUGGCUGACUGGCUGAAGGCGGACCUCUCCAAAAUAUAAGCCCCAAUCGGGGGUACAGGCAUCUGCAGCCAGUCCAGAGAAGCGGUGGGCUUGCUGCCCUUGGUAAAUGACACACGUCAUCUGUUGUUUGGUUUUAGAGAAGAAAACGAGAACUUCUUGGCUCAGCCAUAAAACCCUGACCCCCCACCACCACCCACCUUGUCGGUCUAAGUAAACACAAUAGAAGAAUCAUUCCAUAGACUUUAGACAUUUUCUACGACGCAGGGAAUUCACCAAUCGUAUCUAAACAGGGACUCUUAUGUGUGCAGGAGAUGCCAACCUACUGCAAAUUGUGGUUUAUUGGGGUAGAAUGCGUGCAGACAUAAUGAAACCUGAGUCCAGCUGAUUCUGGAGGAAGAAUUAUGAAAUACCUCCUGGAAAGUGUACACAAGACCAGUGAGUCUGAAUACACAGAUGUUGAAGGGGACAAGAUCCUAAGAAAGGAGCCCUUGAGUUUCAGUAGCAGGAAAUGUGAGCACUGGGUCUCACUUUUGGACCAGAGUCUCCUUUAGGGAUGGAAACUGAAGAUCAGCCCAGAUGUACUUUGCACAGGUCUUGACGGUGCCGGAGGCCUUGCAGCACCCCACAGACCACUGACGCUUUUUUCUGGCCACCAGUGGCAGGCCCAGCAUCGAGGGGGGCACUGCUUGUCUCCAGAUGUGCAGCGCUUCUGAGGAGUGGCACACCUCCGUCCGACACACAGUACAAUUCGCCACACGGCAAGCUGGCCACCUAACCAACCGUAACUUUGCCUCUGGCCCCAAGACAGGCCAUAAGCUCUGUGCUGACCCUCUCUCUGCCUGCCAGGUCCUGUGCUCCCUGCAGGCCCCACUCCUCCCAAACCAGGGUGGAAGCAUGGGCUGUCCCAAGCCUGUAAUGUGGCAGCUGCACCAACAACGUGCUCCCACUAUAAUCCUUUCAGUUAAAAGCCAUUGAGCACUAGCAUUAGCCAGGUUCUGGGCUAGGCACUGAGGAUAGAGUUUUUAGCUACUUUGUUGUCUCUGAAAAGCUUGUGUGAAAAGGCAUCUUUCAAAGGCUAAGUAGAGUCAUCAUAAAUCAAUUCUGCAUUUCUGCAUUAAUUUAUUAGGUGGAAAUAAAUUAAUGAACCGAAACAAGCCAUUACAUUAUGUGAAUCACCCCCACCGUGUUUCCCCCGCCCCCCUUCUCCGUCAAGUCACCUUGAAGUCUGGUGGGAGAGAAACGUGUUCUCUGGCCUACUACACGGGCUAACAAAGUUGCUAAAGCUGCUGCCUUCCCCAAACUGGCUCAGUUCAGGGAAUUCCAGAGCCACAGGCUAAAGCUCGGUCUGACUGCAGUGACAGAUGGCUGUCAAUCAGAAGCAUUCUGCAUUCUCCUAGAGGAGGUCUUCGUGAUGUUGUUUUUCCUUAAGGACAGUGGGAUGGUGGACUUUCUCUCAAGACCUACAACUUCCUGAUCAAAGAGUCCACUCGGAUAACUACCGUGGUGAUGAGCAGUGAUGUCGGUGUGCUGGCUUCUCCUCCAAGCCAAUGACUGCUGGGGGAGGAGCCACGAUCCCAGGUGGAGUGCACAGGGCCCAUAGGAGGCAGGGGGCGCAGCCGCCACAGGCGCAGGGCUGCAUACAACCACCUUGGUGGCGUCUGCCUACAGAAGAGCUGACCUAGGAGCUAGACCCUCACGGAGAUGAAGGGUGUUAAACUAAUACAUACCAGGUAAAUCACCCCUACUGGAAUAAAUAGUACCAGUCUCAGCAUUUUUUUUGCCAUUUUAGGGUAACAAUUCUCCAUAUUACAAAAGUCCAGGUAUAGGUUUUGUUUUGAGCUUAAAGAUUCCGUUCUUCUCUUUCUUAUCAUCCAAACACCAAAUUGAUGGAAUAAAUGUCGUACUGGCACGUCUGUCCUUG